AUGCUGAGGUGGAAUUCGGCGCAAGGAUGGCUAUGCAGUGGUGGCAGCGGACGGGAUGGCUACGCUGUGGUGGCAUCGGACGGUCCGGGCGAGUACCCCAUCAUUGCUGAAGCACGUGCCGGGGAUGAUGCAGCCAAUGUGGUGGUGACACCUGGCACCGUCGCUUACAUCACCACGGGAGGCCUGGUUCCCCAGGGUGCAGAUGCUGUGAUUCAAGUGGAGGAUACGCUGCCUGCUGACUCCUCCAGUGGUCAGAGGCGUGUGACUAUAGUGAAGGGCGCUACAGUGGGGCAAGACAUCCGCCCUGUGGGCUCGGAUCUGGCAGCGGGCACGGUGGUGCUGCAGGCAGGGGAGCGGCUUGGGCCAGCGGAGAUAGGGCUGCUGGCAACCGUGGGAGCAGCACACGUGAAUGUGCACCGGCAGCCUCUAGUGGCAGUUCUCUCAACAGGAGACGAGCUCAUAGACCCUUUACAGAAUGCCAGCGCCACUCUCCCUCGCGGCAUGAUAAGGGACGCCAACCGCUCCAUGCUGUUGGCUGCUGUGCGACAACACUUAGGAGCAGCCUCGGGAUCAGCAGCUGCAGCAUCGUCCGCAGAAGCAUCAGCAAGUUGCCCAGCCCCUAUGGAUCUGGGGAUAGCAGCGGACACGGAGGAGGCCGUGGCAGCAGCGUUUCAGAGAGCACUAGCAGCGGGGGCGGAUGUGGUGGUGGCGUCUGGAGGGGUGUCCAUGGGCGAUAGGGACUUUGUCAAGCCACUUCUUGAAAGACUGGGCAACGUGCACUUUGGGCGGGUCCACAUGAAGCCAGGAAAACCGCUCACUUUUGCAACCAUUGAAACCCCCUCAGAUAAGACGGAUGACGCCGCCCAGCAGCACCGAACGAUAGUUUUCGGGCUGCCCGGGAAUCCGGUCAGCUGCAUGGUGUGCUUCAACCUGUUUGUGCUGCCCGCUGUACGGCAGAUGGGGGGGUGGCGCCAUCCCCUGCUGCAUAGGGUGCAGGCUCACAUCUCCUCAUCCCUCCGUGUGGACCCUGAGCGGCCAGAGUACCACCGCGCAUCCCUCCGCUGGGAACCCAACAUGCCUGCAUUCAAUCACCGCACUGCACCGCAUUCCAUACCUCUUUCCGUCCUCCCCUCCUCCCCCCAUCCCCCAGGGUCAACACAGCCUCCUUCCUCCCGCUUCUCUCAGUGGCCCCAGGGCAGUCCAGGCAGUGCAUUCGCUGCUGCCAGCAGCAGCAGUGGUGGCAACAGCACUGGUGCCAAAUUACCAACUCCAUACGCCAUUCAUCCCUUGUCUCCCUCACAUCACCCCCCUUUCUUCUCACCCAGUGGGCCCAGGGCAGUGCAGGCAGUGCAGUCGCUGCUGCCAGCAGCAGCAGUGGUGGCGACAGCUGUCGUUCCAGAUGACCCAGACAAGAUAGCAGCGCAGGUUAAGGCGUGGGCAGAUGGGGACAAGAUUGACGCAUCAACUGAUGGGAGCACUGCUGCUGGUGGUACUGGUGGUGAUGGUGGUGGUGGUGCUGCUGUUAUUGGAGCAGUGGAUGUGAUUAUAACGACAGGGGGCACGGGGUUCUCCCCUAGGGAUGUCACUCCUGAGGCCUGUGCGCCACUCUUCCACCGCUCUGCACCGGGACUCACCCAUGCCAUGCUGCAGGAGAGCCUCAGGAUCACGCCCUUUGCCAUGCUCUCGCGCAUGGCUGCUGGCAUCAGAGGCUCCACUCUGAUCCUCAACCUGCCAGGCAAUCCCAACGCGGUGUCAGAAUGCCUGGCUGCGCUCAUGCCGGCUCUACCGCAUGGCUUGAAGCAGCUGAAAGGAGACAAGCGGGAGAAGCACCCGCGCCACACGCCCCACCCAAGCAAAGCGAAGUGA